AUGCGUUCUUUCUCUGCGCCAACAGCAAUCCCAAGCUCAGGCUUACCCCAAUAUCAAGUUCAAAAUAGUUUUUCUCAACAAAACCAAGCCUUUUUAAACUCUAUGGCUCAACCGACAUUUAGCUUAAUGCCAGCGGUUUCUUACUCUACCAUUCCACUAGGCACAUCCCCAACAUCGACAAAUGCUAUGCUUGGAUCUAAUAUGAUACAGUCACAACAACCUGUAAUAUUUUCAGCGGCUCCAGGGAACUAUUUCCUUGCUCAGUCUGCUCCGCUUGGUGCUCCAGUUGUAGGCGCUCCAUCAUUUGUUUUCGCUCCAGGUCAACCAAAUCAGAAUGCUUUUGUACUUGCUCACCCACUAUCCCAAGCACCAAUUGCAGGGCAUAUGGCUGCCCAUCCAAAUCCAGCAAACUGUGUUAUCCGUCUCCCCGAUGGCCGAUUUGUUUUACCUGCCAGUGCUCCUAAUAACUUAAAUUUACAACCAUCAUUAACUCGUAUUUGUGGUCCCCAGUCCAACUACUUCCCUGUAACUGUAUCUGCGCCUACUAGUGUAAAUUCAUCGACGAUAUCUUCACUGACUCCACAAGUCGCUCAACCUCCAGGUCAAGCAUUCUAUAUUCAUAUGCCAACUAGCUGUGUAAGUGUUGGUAAUACAGUCUUCACUACCUCCCAACCGAAUUGUGGUGCUAAUUUUCAAACUCAACCAAUUUCAACAAUGAAACCAGGAUGUCAAGUUUCCUUUCCUAACUCGCAAAUGAAUACCUUAUCCGGUCAAUCUGGUACUUUUCUGACAACUGUUCCUGGAUCAACUCAACCUCAACUGGGCACUAGACCACUUGCUAAUAAUAUGAAUACUGUUGGCUCUGGUUUAAUGAAUAGACCUGGAAUAAUUUUCCCCACCGGUUGUACUCCUACCACUCCAGUAAUGGAUGCAUAUGCUGCACAAAAUCAACAGAAACUCGCUGUCUGCACAAAUCCAUCACAGUUUACAAGUCUCCAAGCUUUGCCUAGUGGAAUGGCUGUUGCUCGCUUACCAAAUGGAACCUAUGCUACAGUAUCUCUUAAUUCUACUGGAAUGUCAGGUUCAACACCGAUUUUUGUAAACAAUACUCCUAUUCCAUCCACCUUAGCAAAUCCUGUCGAUACAUCAUCAAAUAUUCCCCGGCGUAGUACCUCUACAUCUCGUUCAAAACAAAAAAUCAAUAACACUCCACCCGCCGAUACAGAUGUCCUACGUCGUCUAGAUGAUCAAAUCACUGCAUUACAGCGUUUACCUGCUCCUACAGAAAUGCAGCUUAAUAGACUAAAGCAACUUGUUGAAGUUAGGCAGCAGUUAACAAAAGUAUCUAAUAUGGCUUCUGCUAACUCAUCAAAUAUCUUAGCGCCUCGUAGCUCAACAACAUCUAGUAAUGCUACUAAUACUGCUCCUCGUUCAAAUUCAAGCUCUACUUCUGUUCAGUUGACACCGACUGUGCGUCGGGAAGUCCUGGAUUUACUCACACAGUAUAAUUUGGUACCGCGACCUCCUGUGGUUAACAAUAAUGAAGAAACCUUCAUAGUAGAAUUUCGACUAAAUCAACAAAGAUAUCAGCUUAGGCUUACUCGUGCACAAAAAGCUGAUAUGGAACGUUUACUUUUCAGUAUUACAUCACAACGGCAGGCUGAAGUUUUAACUUUUUUCCAACAAGAACAAAGUCGUUUACUUGCAUCAACACCAAGAGCUAGAUUACCGCCUCCUCCUUCUGUUAGUCAGAGUAGUAAUACAACAGCAGCUAUGGCUUCACCUCCAACAGUUGGGUUCGGUAUUGCUUCUCAAGCUUUGAGAAUACCAACCGGGAUUCAAACGUUUGCAGCAGCUCCUUCCUUGCCAAUGCCUAAUUUUCCAGGUGCAUCUGGCUUAAGACUUGUUGCAGCCCGUCCUGUUGUACCGCCAAAUGCUAUACCAGGGUCUGCCGUUCGUCCAAGUGUCCCUCCAAUAUGCUCUUCAACACCCGUCAUGGGAGUUGUUGCAGCUUUAGCUGUACCGCCUCCUAUGGGAACCUGUGUCAGCAGUUCAAUGUUCGCACCAGCCUUGGCAUUAAACUCCACAGCAUUAAGUAUGCCUACAGUUUCAUCUAGUCUUUCAAUGCCUUCAACAGUUAUGUCUAAUACAAAUGUCACAAGUGGACUAAUUACAGCAAUACCUGUAACUUCCUUCAAUUCAAGUUUCUACAUCAGUAGUACGAUGUUAACUCCAGAUACAAAUGGAUUUGCUAUACAAUCUCUACCACAAUCAACCUCUUUCACUUUAUCCUCUGAUUCUAGUAAUUUUGUUAAUUCAAUUCGACCAGUUGCUUUAAAUCUUCAACAGGCUGCCAGAAUCGGUCGGUUACGUGCAUAUCUAACCAAUGAUCUUAAAUUGGCAGUUGAAAGACCACCAGUAUUGUCUACCAGUGAUACAUCAAAACUACCUACUCCUGUAGAAUUAUUGGAGGCACUAGCACCUUAUCAUGUCCUCAAUGAUGCUGAUAACACUGAAGAAGCUCUUAACAAAGUCGACAAAAUACUGGAGAAAUCUGUUAAUCUACUUUUAGAAAAAAAGAAAGAGACAAUCGAAGCUGUAAAUUCACUGCUUUUCAGAGAAUCUCUGCAAAAACUGGAACCAUUUUUGGAAGAUCGCCUGUUACUAGCUAAUAUGGCAUUGGAUUUAGAACGGGAUAUUUUCAAUGCCGAAAAAGAGAUAUUCACAGAAGUAACUAAACACGACAAAGAGGUAUCCAGUAAUAAUUGUAAUCCUAAUGUAAAUCCUAUCGAAUCUUCUAAACAAGACGAGUCAACUGAUGAGAACAAUGUGAAUAGAAAAAGGCAAAGCCAAAAAUUCACGCCAAUUUUAAAACAUUCAACAUCACUACUUCCGGCACCAUGGUGUAAACUUUUAGGUCCACUUGCCUACCUUCAUCCUUUAACCUUUGAUGUGAAUGGAAAAACAAGUGUUGCAGAGAUUCAAUUGCCUACAGAAGAACCAGAGUGUAUAUCACUCGACGAUGAUGAUGAUGAUGGCGACGACGAUACAAAAAAUCAAUCACAGUCUUUUGUGAAUUCCUCAACAUUUCAGUCCAACCCUAUGAUUCAAUCAUCGCAUAGUGAAAACAAUAACAGCACAAUUGUAACUACUAGAAAUAAUAAUAAUGAUGAUGAAGAAAUCAAUGAUGAGUCGUCAGAUGAAGCUGAAGCCGAUCGUCUACUUGGUCUUGGAAUUCCUUUGGUGAAUAGAUCAAAAAUGGAUAAAAAUUCUACUAAUGGAUUAUUACUUGAUGAAGACAACAGGCCUAUAGAGGGGAUUAUUAAAAAAUGUGAGGAAUUCGAUGAAGCUUAUGAUUUUUGGCAGGAAUUAAUGCAUGAAAGAGAUAUGCAUAUUGAAGAUAUGAAUACUAGCCUUUUGGAAAAUACUUUCAAUGAUGAUUCAAAUUCUAUGGAUGAACCGCCUAAUAAAUCUCUACGUUUAUUAGAUAAUGGUCAGUCUCAUAGUGUUUCAACAGUUCAACACUCUGAAGAUCCAGAUAUUGAUGCAGCAAUCAGAAGUAUUUUAUCAACUAGUGAUUGA